GACAAACUACGCAUAUUUAUUUAGUAAACACUUCUUAAACAAUUCACUUCGCCUGAUUCGUUUUAUCCUAUCAAUAUGGCAUCUGGGGGCACCAUUAUACCGCCUCCAAGUUUGAGUCAAAUUUUCUUUGCGCGAAACUUUUUCCGUGCUCUUAACGAGGAGGAGGAGGUAAGGGUCAACAAUUUAAUCAUAUCACCAACAGCUGCGCGCAGUGCCAUGACUUUAGUGUUUAUGGGUGCCGGCGGAAAAUGCGCCGACGAAUUGCGUUCUGGACUGAUACUUGGAUUCGCUAAGAAACUGGAAAUUGCCAAGCAACAUGCCGAGUUCAUAAGUAAAGAUUGCGUGUGCAGCGAUAAGGGAGUGUCGAUGCGCAUAGCCACUGGUCUGUAUGUUAAGCAGGAUCAGGAACUGCGUCCCGACUUCAAUCUGCAGGCUGGGGAAUUCUUCAAUACUCAGGCAGAUGCGUUAAAUUUUGCAGAUGCCGAAGGUGCUGUGCGACAAGUCAAUAAAUGGCUUGAGCGGCAAACCUUUAAUACGGUACGCGAUUUGCUUACUCCAGCCUCUUUCAAUGUGGAAUCGAACGUUAUUUUGGUCAACUCUUUGUACUUUCGUGCCAAGUGGACCAAGCAAUUUUCUGUAGAACGCACUUCAUUGGGUGAUUUCGCGAUAAGCGAGGAACAGAAAAUGCAGUUACCCAUGAUGCGACAGGCCGGACAGUUUCGCUAUGGCGAAUCCAGGAAGCUAAAAUCGCGUAUUCUGCAGCUGCCCUUCGAUGAAUCAGAUGUAAAUAUGUUAUUGAUUGUACCUGACGAGACUAUGGGUCUUGCAGAGCUAGAAUCAAAGCUAGGAGAGAUUGACCUUAACGAAGUGGCCCUCAAGUCGGUGAUGCAUGAUGUUGAUAUAACCGUGCCCAGAUUCAAAUUAGAAUGUGACAUUGAUCUGAAAGUACCGCUAAAAAAAUUGGGAAUAAAGCGUAUCUUUGAGAAAGGCGCCGCUGACUUAAGUGGACUUUUUGCUAAGAAAUCGCCCCAGUUGAUCACUGAGGCAAGGCAAAAACUAUAUUUGAAUGUGAACGAAGCUGGCUGUGAAAUAGAUGCUAACACACCUGCUAAAACCUCUACUGAACCCUCAAAUCCGGAGCGCAAAGUUUUUACAGCGGAUCACCCAUUCGUGUUUGCCAUACGGAACAACAAAUCAGUUUACAUUGUGGGUCAUUUUGCCAGGCCCUGAUUAGCACAGACAGUGGGUGGCGUUAUAUAAAAUUAAUCCAUUAAAUAUCCAUGAAAGCAAUUACAAAUUUUUUACAAGUGUCGCUAUCAAUGACCGCAGGCUGAACAAUUAAAACAAUAUGCCGUGAAAAACGAAUUAUUGCCGGACAAAUGACAAACACAGUGCCAGAAUCAAACACAAAAUUAUGUUCAAAUACACACUUAAAUAGGGUAAAACUGAAAAUGAUCAACUAUAAAAUUCGUUGUCAACAGUGCUACACAAAUUUUUUUAAGUUGCCUAACUCAAUAGUAUUUUGUUUUGUAUUCUGUAUUUUCAUUUUCAUUUUGAAUUAAAAAAAUCUUAAUUUAUAUAUCCUUACCCGCUGUAGCGUGAAGGGUAUAAAAAAAAACUACAACAAAAAUAUUAUCACAACUGACGGGCAAUAAAUGAAAGAAAACAAAAAAAUAAAAGGUAAAUAAAUUUAAUAGUGAGUCCUGGUAGAGCGAAUGGAGAUAUGGUAGGAGGUGCCGCUUCGACAGAUCAUUAAGAAUUGCGCUGAUAUGAAAAGAGUCGCUAUGACUCGGACCGAGAGCAACAGACGGGGGAGGAUGGCAUGGGGCGGCAUUGAGGCUGGAAAACCAAAUGAAAAGUUAAAAGCAGAAAAAGGAGCGUCGAUGGCACCAUGCCAUUUCUUAUGGCAAAUGCUAUACAACUUGUUAGCCAAUUUUAAAUACAACUGCUGCGACUGACAGUAAUCAAGAUUGCAUGGCAGCGGUGGCUACAACAAUGCUAAAUGUCAUUCGGAGAGGAACAACAAUUGAAAAAUAAGUAAUUUUCCAACUGUAGUGAACUAUGUACGCAGAACCCCAACACCACCAGCAGCUGAGACAAGCAUAAAACAGGAGCUGGGCUUCUAGCUGAAAUCGGAGUUGAAGUCCGCGCUCGAGUUCGAGUUCGCGUCCGCGUCCAGUUGCAAACUUUGUCGUCCAAUUCAUCGAAGAUUGUCAUGGCCUCCCGUUUGCCAUUGGCAUUGCUAUUCAGAGCGUCUGCCAUUGAUGGCCACUGCCGGGUAUUGUGGCAAAUGUUUAUCUUUCGGUUUGGUUUGUGUUUGGGUCUGCGCUGCGCAUCUUUCUUGAUUUUACUGAUGCCUCUAGGCCGCUGGCAGCAUCAUCAAAACGGAUGUGCAGCUGCACAAACUUUGUUCCACCGGGGCGGCGCAGUAAAGGGACUGAAAUUUGUGCUUCGGCCCGGACGGUUGUGUAAUUUGGAAAUGCUAAUGUAAUGUCGCAAUAAUGAAAUUACUGAAAUUGUUGCUACAAAAUAGUACCAGCUAAAAAAAAAAUGAAAUGAAAGUUUAAAUAAAGGCAAGCACACGCCUCUCA